AUGGAUAAAGGCCUCUUGUUGAACCGAAAGAAGCCGGGGAAGCCGGAAGGCAGAGUACCAGAGAAGAACCCUACAAAUGUCAAGGGAGAAGGAAACGAGACCAACAACAUGGUGAUUACUUGGAAGCCCCUAAAAUGGAUGGAUUGGAAUGGGCCAGAAUUGAAAUAUCGGGUGCAAUGGCGUCAAAAAAAUGAGUCAGAAUGGCAGGAAGCUAUGGUGAGAGCCUCAAAAUACGUGGUGUCCAACACGCCCACUUUUGUGCCCUACGAGAUCAAGGUCCAGGCAAUCAAUGAAGUGGGGAAGGGACCCGAUCCCCACAUUGUCAUUGGCUACUCUGGUGAGGAUGUUCCCCAGGCCAUCCCUAUAGUAGCCAUUGAGUUAUUGAACGCAACCACCGUGAGAAUCAAGUGGGGGCCCGUGGAUCCGAAUGAAGUCAGAGGGCAUCUUCGUGGAUUUAGGGUGACAUACUGGUGGGUGAAUAGCCGCUGGAGUCGGAGCAAGAGACAUACCCCCAAGAUGAUCAUUGACAAGCCUGCCGGUGCCAUGGAAGCUGUCCUCCCGGACCUGCGACCCUACAGCAUCUAUAGUGUGCAGGUGCAGGUGUUCAAUGGCCGGGGUCUGGGGCCACCCAGCGAGACCAUGCAGUUCCGCACUGAAGAGGGAGUACCGGAUCGCCCACAAUCACUGACUCUUCGACGCCUGUCAGACACAGCCCUCCAGCUCUCAUGGAGGCCCCCCCUCAAUCCAAACGGAGAGCUCAAAGGCUAUCAGCUUCUGUACAGGCCCAUUAACCAAGAGCCAGACGACAGAGAAGAGACCGAAUUUCUGCCUCCCACGACCCUGACGUUCAACCUGAGUGACCUCAGACCCCAGACCCUGUACCACUUCCAGCUUCGAGCCACCACCAAAGUGGGCCCUGGUGAAACGAUCACCCAGGAGGGCAGCACCAUACUCAAGUCAGGGAUCCCAACUUUUGGAAACAUCUCAGCUGUGACCAGUGAUAAUGCAAGCACUAUUUUUUGGUUCCCAGAGGAGGGACAGCAUGACGUCACAUUCCGGAUAUGGUUCAAACCCUUAGGAGAUAAGAAGAAUCUCGAGCCCCAGCAUGUCAACUACAGUCAGAAAUACUACAUACAGGAGAACCUGGAGCCCGAUACUCAAUACGUCAUCUGCUUCUAUGCUUACAACUAUACCGAUGAGAUGGUACUUUUCAGGAAGAUGGAGGUGAAAACCAGUGGCUCAGAUCGAAUGAGGCUGCCGCCUGGGAACUUUGCCACCAAGAGCUGGUUUAUCAUCUUCAUAAGCAUCAUCGUCCUCAUCCUCCUCCUGCUUCUCAUCCUUUGCUUUGUGAAGCGCAGCAAGGGAGGCAAGUACUCAGUGAAAGAUAAGGAAGACACUCAGGUGGAUUCCGAGGCCAGGCCAAUGAAAGAUGAGACGUUCGGCGAGUACAGGUCUCUGGAGAGUGACAACGAAGAGAAAGGCUUCGGGAGCAGCCAGCCCUCCUUGAAUGGGGACAUCAAGCCCCUCGGCAGUGACGACAGCCUAGCCGACUACGGCGGUAGCGUGGACGUCCAGUUCAACGAGGACGGCUCCUUCAUCGGCCAGUACAGUGGCAAGAAGGAGAAGGAGGCCACCGGGGGCAAUGACAGCUCCGGAACCACUUCCCCCAUCAACCCUACCCACGUGACCCUGGAGUAGGCUGGCAGUGGCCCCAAGGGAGAGGGGAACAAACCCUCCCGAGCCCAGCCUGCUCCCCUCCUCCUCCUCCUAGCUGAGGGAGUUCCCCCACCCCGCUCCAGCAGGAGCUGCCUGCCCCUACUCUUCCAGCCCUAGGUGGGUGGGAUGCAUGGAUUUGGGGGCAGGGCUGUCU